AUGGCACCAGCGUAUUUCUGGACGGAUUCGUGCGUCGCUCUUCAGUGGAUCCGCGGCGACGCCGAUCGGUGGCCAACUUUCGUCCGAUCCAGGGUAGUCGAGAUCACUUCUAGCACACGUGCAGAGCAAUGGCUGCAUUGCAGUGGAAAGGAUAAUACGGCGGAUCUUCUGACGCGAGGAAUAUCAGUCACUGCCCUGGAAAACAGUUCCCUGUGGUGGGCAGGGCCAGAACGCCUGUCAUCGUCAGAUUUCGACGCCAGCGAGGCCUGCCGUGACGCUAAACUUCUCGAGGCCGGCAAUACUCAGACAGCUGAAUCUGAUACGGCCGCACAGCCUUCGUCAGCCCAUCCAGUGGUAGGCACAACAGAAUGGAUGAGCCUCUACAGCUACAGCACUCUCUCCACGCUGCUGCGUGUGACGGCUUGGAUCAUUCGAUUUUGGGAUAAUUGCCGCCGCUUCCUGGCGUCCACGUCGGGGCCCUUAACGGGUGCAGAAAUCACUCGUGCCGAGCGGGUCUGGUUGCAUCGCACACAGCAGGAAGCCUUCCCGAGCGAAAUUUCUUGCCUUAGCAGUGGCAAGACGAUAUCCCUUACCUCAUGCGUACGGGAUCUCAGGCCCUUCCUCGAUGAUUUCGGCACCAUACGCGUCGGCGGACGUCUCCAUCAACUCCCCGACUGCGAACAAGUGAAGCACCCUGUCCUGCUACCAGCGAAGCAUCGUUUUACGGACCUCGUCGUAGUGGACGCCCACCAUCGCGUUCUUCACGCUGGCGUGCAGCACACGCUAAGCCAGGUCAGGAGCAAGUUUUGGAUACUGCGCGGCCGUCAAACAACACGACGCGUGCUUCACACCUGCCUCACCUGCCGCAAACAUCAUCCACAACUUGGGACCGUUCCCACCGCUCUAUUACCACGCGAGAGAGCCACGGAGUCGGAGUCGUUCGCUGUUGUUGGCGUGGACUUCGCGGGACCCCUGUACCUGAGAGGCUCGUCUUCAAGCUCUAAGGCCUACAUCGUACUUUUUUCGUGUGGCGUGACCAGAGCUAUUGAUUUGGAGCUCUCCUCGUCCAUGAACGUGCCCGACUUUCUACUCGCCUAUCGGCGUUUCAUUGCUCGACGAGGCAUGCCCUCGUGCGUCUACUCCGACAACGCACGGACCUUCCACAAAUGCUCCACCGUUCACUCGUUAGUCGCUGCCGGCGACGUUCAGGACUUCGCCGCCCAACGUCGGAUAGAGAGGUGA